CGAAAAGCGAGAUAUGAAAAAAUAAGAGUCGCUAUUUUUUUUUUUUUUUUGCACUAACAAAUAACGACGGAUAUCUUUUCCGGGAUCGGAUUUUUAAAUCAGUUGGUCUGGAUUUUAAGGAGAAGCACAGGAGUGAGUGAGAGAGAAAGGCAACAAUGAAAUGACUCAUGGGAUGGACACUAUGAAACCUUCAGGAACUGGAUAAUAAACUAUACCUACAAUAACACAAUAAUAACGACAUAAAAAAUGUGAACAUUUUUUUCAACAUGCUACACGAAUGGGAAAUUUGGAAAAUCUGCAUCGUAGGCUGAACCUGCAAGAACCUGCCAUGUUUUGAGCCAUUUCUAUUCCUUUGAUGUGAUUUUGUCUUUUUUUUUUUUAAAGAAGCACCAUCACUGAAUAACCCGAUGCGUCCUCGAAGCGCGCAUGUGUGGCGCAAUGGGUUGGUGUGUGCGUAGCUAGCCAUAAAUCCGUUACCAUGGCUCAGACGAGUUUACUGCAGGGAAAGCGCUUCUACUGCCGAGAGUGGGUUUUCCACAAGAUCCAGCACUGCCUCCAGGAGAAAACUGGCACUUCCUGUGGCUCAGGAAGGGAAGGUCCGCCCAUCUCAGGGGUUGGCGCUUCAUCAGGUGCAGGGAAAUCAGGAUCAUGGGGCGUUUUGCUGGUUGGAGGACCAGGAAGCGGCAAAACAGCACUUUGCACUGAGCUGUUGUGGCCGAGCUCGCAGCACGGCAAUCAUCGCGGUUUAAGCCAAUUCUGCUUAGCAUUUCAUUUCUGCCGUGCCGACGAUUCUGACACGGUGUGUGUGAGCGGUUUCAUACGAGGCCUGGUGACACAGAUCUGCAGAAGUGGACUCGUACCGCAAUAUGAGGAGAAAAUUCGUGACCCUGCCAUCCAGAACGCUCUGAAGCCUGGAGAGUGUGAGAGGAACCCGAGCGAGGUGUUUAAAAGGUGCGUAUUGUUGCCGCUUUUGAGCUGCACUCCUCCUCCUCAGGCCCUGUUUUUGCUUGUCGACUCCAUAGACGAGGGAAUGAAAGGGGGCGGGACGGAGUCCAGCUCUGGCCCCUUGAACCCACGCAGCAUCGGCGAGCUUCUCUCUUCCCAUCAUGAACUCCUCCCACCAUGGCUCCUCCUCAUCUGCUCCGCCCGCCGCCAGAACAAAAACAUCACCAAGCUUUUUACAGGUUUCCGCAAAAUCAGUUUGGAUGACCUACGCAAAGCUUACAUUGUUAAGGAUGUUCAGCAAUACAUCUUGCACAGGCUAGACCAGGAAGAGGCACUACGGCAACACCUGACCAAGGAGACAGCAGAAAUGCUGAACCAGCUCCAUAUUAAGAGCAGCGGCUGCUUCUUGUACCUGGAGCGUGUCCUGGAUGGCGUGGUUGAUAACUUCAUCAUGCUGCGUGAGAUCCGCGACAUCCCAGGAACACUAAAUGGACUUUACCUGUGGCUCUGCCAAAGACUUUUUGUCAGAAAGCAAUUUGCCAAAGUGCAACCCAUCCUGAAUGUCAUUCUGGCCGCAUGCAGGCCGUUGACAGUGAAGGAGUUGUACCAUGCCGUCUGGACUAAAAACAUGACCCUGACCAUGGAGGAGUUUCAGAAAAAGAUGGACAUUCUCUCCAAAUUGCUUGUGGAUGGACUUGGAGGUACCAAGAUUCUUUUUCACUACAGUUUUGCUGAGUGGCUUCUUGAUGUUAAGCACUGCACUCAAAAAUACCUUUGCAAUGCUGCUGAGGGUCACCGGAUGAUGGCUAUGAGCUAUACGUGUAGAGCCAAGCAGCUCAAACCUCUGGAGGUGCAGGAGUUUGCUUUUCACUUGAUCAACUCCAACCUGCAGAUUGAACCUUUUAACCUAGCUCUGUGGAUGGUGUGGAAUGGCACACCUGCAAAAGACUCUCUUUCUACAUCCAUUCCCAAAGAGCAGGAGGUCUUGCAGCUUUUGGUCAAAGCUGGAGCUCACAUCAGCAAUGAGGAUGAUCAUGCUUCAUGCAUUGUUCAGCAAGCCCUGGAGCGAGAGGAUUCCAUCCGCACUUUGCUUGAUAAUGGUGCUUCAGUAAACCAAAGUGACUCCAGUGGACGAACUCUACUGGCUAAUGCAGCGUACAGUGGCAACCUGGAUGUGGUGAAUCUGCUCAUUUCCAGAGGUGCCAAUAUGGAGCUUGAGGACAACCACGGACAGACACCACUCACACUUGCUGCCAGACAAGGACACACCAAGGUAGUUAACUGCCUGAUCGGCUGCGAUGCCAACAUCAACCACACGGAUCAUGAUGGCUGGACUGCUUUAAGGUCUGCAGCUUGGGGUGGUCACUCUGAAGUGGUCUCGGCACUCCUCUAUGCAGGUGCCAAGGUUGAUUGUGCAGAUGCAGACAGCAGAACUGCCCUGAGGGCUGCAGCAUGGGGAGGUCAUGAGGAUAUUGUCCUUAACCUUUUACAGCAUGGAGCAGAAGUCAACAAGGCUGAUAAUGAAGGAAGGACUGCACUUAUUGCGGCAGCCUACAUGGGACACAGAGAGAUUGUCGAGCACCUGCUGGACCAUGGUGCUGAGGUAAACCAUGAGGAUGUUGAUGGACGAACAGCUUUGUCUGUUGCAGCCCUCUGUGUCCCUGCUAGCAAAGGCCACGCCUCGGUGGUUAGUCUUCUCAUUGACCGUGGUGCUGAAGUGGACCACUGUGAUAAAGACUGCAUGACACCUCUUCUGGUUGCUGCCUAUGAAGGGCAUGUGGAUGUAGUGGAUUUGCUUCUAGAAGGAGGAGCAGAUGUUGACCAUACAGACAAUAAUGGACGAACACCUUUGCUUGCUGCAGCAUCCAUGGGACAUGCUUCUGUUGUCAAUACAUUGCUUUUUUGGGGUGCAGCGGUGGACAGUAUUGAUAGUGAAGGAAGGACUGUGCUCAGCAUUGCAUCUGCUCAAGGGAAUGUGGAGGUGGUCCGAACUCUGCUGGACAGAGGCCUCGAUGAAAAUCACAGAGAUGAUGCUGGUUGGACACCUUUACACAUGGCAGCAUUUGAGGGACAUAGACAGGUGUGUGAUGCCCUCAUUGAACAAGGUGCUCGAUGCUCAGAGGUGGACAAUGAUGGACGUAUACCCUUGAUCCUGGCUGCUCAGGAGGGACAUUAUGACUGUGUGCACAUCCUCCUUGAGAAUAAGUCCUGCAUUGAUCAGAGAGGGUAUGAUGGAAGAAACUCCCUCAGGGUUGCAGCUAUGGAAGGACACAGAGAUAUUGUAGAGCUUUUGCUGAGUCAUGGAGCUGACAUAGACUACAAAGACGCUGAUGGCCGCCCAACCUUAUACAUACUGGCACUUGAGAAUCAGCUAGGCAUGGCUGAGUAUUUUUUAGAGAACGGAGCGAAUGUAGAGGCGAGUGAUACUGAGGGCAGGACAGCCCUUCAUGUUUCCUGUUGGCAAGGCCAUGUGGAAAUGGUAAGAUUGCUGAUCAGCUACCAUGCAGAUGUGAAUUCUUGCGACAAUGAAAAGCGAUCUGCUCUUCAAUCUGCUGCGUGGCAAGGUCACACAAAAGUCGUCCAAUUUUUGAUUGACAGUGGCACUCAUGUUGAUCAUACUUGCAAUCAGGGAGCCACCGCACUUGGCAUUGCUGCUCAAGAAGGUCACAUUGAUGUAGUACGCAUUCUUCUUGAGCAUGGUGCAGAUCCAAACCAUGCAGACCAGUUUGGUCGUACAGCCAUGAGGGUGGCAGCCAAAGGAGGCCACUCAAUGAUCAUUAAACUUUUAGAGAAAUAUGGUGCCACUAGUCUGAAUGGCUGCAAUCCCUCACCUAUACAUACUAUGGAGCAGAAAACCCCACUCUCAGUUACAGGAAAGAUGCAAUCACUUACUAUCAAAUCCAGUAGUUCUGGUAGCACAGGAGCUGGAGAUGUUCAACCAUCAGGUCGAGGUUUAUCUAAUGGACCUGUUCAUGCUUUCAGCUCCCCUUCUGAAUCUCCAGACUCCACAGUGGACAGGCAGAAGUCCUCCCUCUCCAAUAAUUCCCUGAAAAGCUCAAAGAACUCAUCGCUGAGGACUACUUCGUCCACCUCAACAGCCCAGACAGUGCCCAUAGAUAGUUUCCAUGGACUUAGCUUCACAGAGCAAAUCCAGCAGCACUCUCUGCCUCGAAGUCGCAGCAGGCAGUCUAUAGUUUCCCCUUCUUCGACCACAAAGUCCAUCGGCCCACAGCCCGGAUCACCUACCAGUGAAUUUGAUUGGAGUCAAGUGAAACCAGGUCUGAAAUCCUCUAAAGGAGGAAAGAGUGGGAAUGGGACAAACUAUUGCACAAGAAAGGAAGGAUCUGGAGACAAGAAGAAAUCUAAAAACAGUAAUGCCCUUCCACAUGGUCAGGUUUUGGAAUAUGAGAUGACCCAAUUUGAUAAAAGAGUUACUCUCAACAAGCCAGUGUCCAACUUUGCAGUAAAGGAUCCUCAUUGCAAGAUUGUGCUGGGAGGCUCCAACACUCUGGACUCUGGCCAAUCACAGGAGUCAUAUUAUAUCCAGCAGCAGAGUUGUGCUGAGAAGAAGAGAAAUGGGAUUAUGACCAACCCUAACUAUCACCUACAGGGAAAUCAAGUCUAUUUAGGGAGAGUCUCAGUACCCAGAACUGUGCACAACAGGGGACAGCAGGAUGUUCUUGACAACUACCCAUUAGGGGAGUCUGAAUUAAGCCUUAAACAAGCUCUGAAACUACAGAUUGAAGGAUCAGACCCUGGGUUCAACUACAAGAAAGAGACGCCAUUAUAACUGGCAUCUUAAACUGAAACCCUCAUCCAGAUGUUAUGGAGAAUGUGCCAAAGCAGCUGUUUUCAUCGGGAAAAAAAAUAUCACGGGUUGUAUGUAUGAAAAUUCUCAGAUCGAAAAGUGCUUGAUCUAGAAUCAGAUUUUAUAUGUCCUAAUAUUGUUGAACACAACAUGAAAUUAUCAGAAAGGACCUGAUCCUAGAUUGGCACUUAACUCCUGAAAUGUAUACAUAUGCUCCCAGAAACCAUUGCUACUCAGCCCUCAAUGAAACACCUCAGCUAGAAUAAAAAGAAGGAGGAAAAAAAACAAACAAAAAAAAAAAAACAAAUGUGGAAACCCAAGGGAAGUAUCCUGAUUGCAGCAUUUGGCAAAUAAUAUGAACUGAAUAUCUAUGUGCCUACCGAUGUUACAGCCUACUCAUAUUCAUGCACAUCAUCAUUUUAAUUUAAUGUAUUGCUAUUUAAUUAGCCAUGUAUGCACUUUUUAUUUUUUCUGCAAUGAGAAAAAAAAUCUAAUCACUUAUGCUCAGUUUUCUAUUUUUCUUCAUUUUUAUGGUGCUUGUUUUUUUGGUUUUAUUAUUAUUAUUAUUAUUAUUAUUAUUUUUAUUUUUAUUUUUUCAUUUUUAAUCAACAAAAUUGGUUCAGUGUUUUUGCUUGUUUAUCACAUCUCUUUUCUACCUGUAUAAUACAAGAAAAAAUGGACAGCAGUGUAUCAGCUGACUAGGGAAAAGAUCAAGAAUAUCAAUAAUCGCCUCUGGAAAGAAAAUAUCAAAGACACAUCAUAUCUCUUUCCUAUUCCUGUUGUUAUAAUUACAAAUUUUGUCAGUCAGUCAGUCAGUCAGUCAGUAUGCAUUUAAUAGUAAUGGCAGAUACAAAUUACUCCCCUUCAGUGUAGUCAAUCAUAUUUAUUUUGAAAAAAAAAAAAAAGCCACUUUUAGUUGUCAUACUAUUUCAUGGUGCUGUGUGCAGUUUUUAUUUGCUAUUACAAUUAUUUUUCAACUUUGUCGCCUCCAUUGUCUUAUUUUAACUUUAUAUCAUGUUUUUUGUAGUAUUACCAGUGCCCUGAGGGGCGGAGUUAAUUUGACCCUGCCUCGCAUUUUUAUUUAGUCCCUGUGGGACCUUUUUUUUUUUUUUUUAACCAUUUAUUAUUAUGUUGAAUUAUUUACAGUCAUAUUUAAACAUGAAUAGAAUUUGGUGCUAUAUACGAAAUGGUUUUCUGUAAUCAAAAAUUGACUGAUUGUUCAAUUUGUCCCCCGACUAUUUUCCAGACUAUAAGACAUUUUUUUUCCUCUAGAAUGUACUGUGACCUAUACAACCAUUUAACAUGUGUUAUACAAAAUCCAACCAAUAAAUGAAGUGAAUUUACAGUCAUCAUGGCAAGCACAAAUUACCAAUGUUUGGUUUUGAAGCCAAUAUUCAACUUUAUUUGACUGAGCCACCUGGUUCAUCAUGGGUGGACAGAUCAGGAAAUUUUUAUCUAGCCCAUCAGGCAAGGAAAACCUCCAAUGUGUAGGUUUUUUCUUUCUCUGGUUGUUGAACCUACUUGUCCAUAGGUACAGUGGCCAGGCUACUGAUUUGUCCACCCCUGAUUAUGUAAAAUUUAAAUGCCUGUUACAUUAAAAUUUACUCAGUUUUACUUUUCCCGUAAAUGUACUUGAAAGAGCAAAGACAUGCUCAUGAGUCGAGACUUUAACAAGAAUGUUACUGUUGAUAACUACGUUUUGUUCAUUGUCGUACUAUGACCUAAACCACAUCGCUAAAGUCCGUGUGAAGAACUGGAUGAGGUUUAGGGACGAUAUUUAUGAAAAAAUAUUUGGGUGAGAUAGAGCGACAUUGCAUAUUUAGCUACAUUAGCCUCAUAGUUACAAUGCAAACCUAAAGAAAUAAAGAUUGUACACUAUACGCUGAUUGAAUAUCUUUAAGAUAAUUUCGGGUUUUUAUUGUUCCUUAAAUGUGAUUUCUGAAAGGCAGCAACUUAUAGAUUUUAUUUUCUCAAAUAAACAUGUCUUAUAGUAAGGAAAAUACAGUAAGCCUAAUCCUGUCCUUAAUUAUAUUUUCAGUGGGAAUUCCAAUUUAAAAACAAUUUUUCAGUCUAUGACUAGGCUUCGUCUGUCCUGACAAUUAUGUACCAUUAUGCUAAUGCUGACAAAAUAGAAAGAUUUUCUCUUUGUCGAAACAUCAAACUGAAGAAAAACAACAUGGCAAAGCGGCUGGAAAUGUGUCUCCUCUGUUAAAAUAUUGAGUAAUUCAUAUUUUGGUUUCAGGGCAUCAUCUGAAACGUGUUCUCGUCAUGCCAAAGUUGAAACAGUAAUGGGUGAGUGAGUGAAUCUAUACGAGUCGAGUGUGUGUAGCGCUUCGUUUUACGCUGCUGGCAGUGAGAGCUGAAGAAUAAAAGAAAGGUGAUAGCAAAAAAAAAAAGUAAUAAUCAUAAUAAAAGACUAACAAAGACAGUUGAAAGCUCGGGAUGUCUGAACAAGAGCCUUUCAUUCGAAGGUAGAGAGAGAGAAAGAGUCUUUGAAAAGGAAUUCUGGACAGUAUUCAGAAAUGUUAAGCCAUCUGUUGACCUGCAGUGUUGCUUCAUUUUCUUUUUCUGUUCUUCCACCGUGCAUGUCUGUCUGUCUGUUCUGUGUAAUAGCUCAACCUCGGGGUUCGAUGAAAGAAGUGUGAGAUUGGAGAUUGUAAAUAGCUUGACCAUGUACAUUUAAACUUCACUUUUUUUUCUUGUAUUAUAUUAAGGCGAUUUUUUUCUGACGUAUAUUAAAGUGCUUAAUAAACAUAUUUGCUUUACUGCUGAA